AUGUCAAGGUUUCGAGCUUUAAAUCGCCAGAUUCGGAUUCUUGCGACAGGGAAUUCUGGUGGGUCCAUUUCAUCCCAGGGUUCAGGCAACGGUGGUUUAGGUGACUCGUGUGCUGAUGAAGUGAUGAAAACGUCUUCACCAGAUUCUUACAGCGACGACAGAGACAUUUCUUCUCAUGGGAUUACUCAUCAAAAUAUGAAAUUGGAGGACAUGGUAAAAAACUGUGAUUUGAGGAAGAAAAGGAAGAAGCAACAGAAUGAAGGAAAUACCGAGGCGAGAACUACCAAGUACCGAAAGUCUACGGUGAAUACCUCUCAACAGUCUGAUCUUAAUGCCGUGGAUGAAGAGGACGGGAAAAGGAAGGCUAGGCUGAUGAGGAAUAGAGAAAGUGCCCAGCUCUCCAGACAGAGAAAGAAGCACUAUGUGGAGGAGCUUGAGGAGAAGGUGAGGUCAAUGCAUUCCACCAUAACUGAUUUAAGCAGUAAGGUAUCGUUUGUUAUGGCCGAGAAUGCUGCUUUGAGACAGCAAUUGAGUGGCGGUGGAACUUGCCCGCCGCCAGCUCCAGGGGUGUACCCUCAUCCUCCAAUGGCACCAAUGCCUUUUCCAUGGGUGCCGUAUGCACCCUAUGUUGUCAAACCGCAAGGUUCUCAGGUUCCUCUAGUUCCUAUCCCCAGAUUGAAGUCUCAACAGUCGCAAUCUGCGCCAAAAGCCAAAAAAUCCGAUAAUAAGAAGACUGAAGGAAAAACUAAGAAGGUUGCUAGCAUUAGCUUGUUGGGUUUGUUUUUCUUUAUAUUUCUUUUUGGUGGACUCGUUCCUCUAGUUAAUGUUAAGUUUGGAGAUAUAUGGGACAAUGUUCCCAGGAGGCCCAUCUCUGCUACUGAUAGGUUCUAUAGUCACCACGGAGGAAAAGCUUGGGAGGUUAAUGGUCAUAUAAAUACAUCUGAAGGAGAAAAGGGAGUAAAAUUCUCUAGCGGGAAUUUGGGUAUUUCCGACAGAACGUUAUAUGAGAAAGUUCGCAAAUUAGAAGAAACACUGAGACAACAGGACUCACCAUGUAGAAUGAGCUCAGAUGACUUUGUUCAUAGAGGAAAUACUAGUGACUCCGAGCCUCUUCUUGCUUCUCUGUAUGUUCCAAGGAAUGAUAAGCUAGUGAAAAUUGAUGGAAACUUGAUAAUUCACUCUGUGGCUACUGAAAAAGCCAUGGCAUCUGAUACUGCUCAUACAGAAAAGAAUACGAGAGAAAAUGGAUUGAUGAUUUCUAAAAAUUGGGCUGCACUGGCUAUUCCUGACGUUGCAAGGAACAGCGGUCAACAACCUCACUCAUAUAGGAGCCCGCCUGAACAGCGGAAGGCUCUUGCCUCUGGUUCAGCUGAAACAUUGAAGAACCAUUUAAAGUCAACUGCGACUGAUGGUAAAAUGCAACAAUGGUUUCGUGAAGGUCUUGCUGGGCCAAUGUUGAGUUCUGGGAUGUGCACGGAGGUUUUCCAGUUUGAUGCUUCGCCAAAACCGGGAGCUAUAGUUCCAGCAUCAUCAGUUGCAAAUGUUUCUCCUGUUAACCGCCAGAAUGAUACAAGCAUCAACAAGAGAAGGAAUAGAAGGUUCCUUCACAAGCUGCCACGUUCCCUUGCCGGAUCUGGUCUCAACACAAGUGAAGAACAUGUUAUGAGAAUCCAGAACGAGAACCUCCAUGGUAAUAAAUCAACAUCUUCCAUGGUGGUUUCGGUCCUUGUUGAUCCCAAGAGGGGAGAUGCUGACGUGGAUGGUGUGAUGAAGCCUAAAUCACUUCCUCGGAUUUUUGUGGUUGUGCUUAUAGAUAGUGUCAAGUAUGUCACUUACUCGUGUGGCCUUCCACGAGCAUCUCCCCAUCUUGUGACUGCCUGAUCGCCCCUGGGGUUGAAAAUCCUUUGGCUGGACGACAAUUUUUUGUUAAGAGAUAUCUGACUCACACAUCAUUUCCUCCGUUAAACAAGAAAAGGGGACAAUGAGAAGGAGAAAGCAUGAAGCUGUGCUUCAGUUCUGUACAUAACAUGGUUUUUGGCUAAUUUUACCCUACUGUAUUGUGCUGUUCUUUGUAAACGACUCUCAGCGGAGACCUUAACUUUAUGAAUUAUGCGGGAAUCCUCGGUA